AUGCUCGGCACCCGUCUGAGCACCACUGGCAGAUGCCUUCUGGCCGCCACGUCGCAUGUUGAAGUCUCCGGAGGCAUUCAGAAGCGACAAAUGGGACGGAGACAGCCGAAACAGGGAAAACCGCCGAUUUUGCCGCCGUCUAAGAAGGUCCUCUAUCACGUCGUCCACGCCCCGUGGCAGAAACCAGAAGACGUCGAGGAGCUUCUGUGGCGUCGUCACGCCUACAACAACGCCGUCGUCUCGCUGCGCGAGGUUUUCCGCGCGGAAAUCGCUCAAAACGCGUCACACGGACAGGGUAUCGAGGCGAUGAAGGAGGCAGAAGCGUUGGAAUUCGAUGAGCUGAUUUUGGAGAAUCAGAAGAGAAACGAGACAAAACGAGCGGACCGUGAAUUGCGAGAAUCCGAGGCGACGAAGGAGACGAAACGAGUGAUUCUAGAUGAGAUCCACGUGGAGCUGGAGAAGCGGAAUCUGGAGAAGAAGGCGGCCGAGGAGGAGGUCAAACGGGCUAUCGAACGAUCGUCGGGCUUCGUGAAUCGAGAGAAUCUGGAAAAGAAGAUUCUGGAGGCACUGGAGACGCCGACGAUCUACGACUUCGCUAUCGAUCGAGCUGGAAAUAAGUACUUCGUGCCACAACCGGUUAAAUAUCAAGAGGGAACACCGACACGACAGAAGGGACGGUUGUAUGAUCAGACACUGGGGACACAGAUGGGAAUGAUGGAGGAAGCGGCUGCUAGUGGAGAGAACAGGCAGAUGGAGCAGUAG